AGAGUAACGUCGCAACGACACUUUUUUUUUUUUUUUCCAAUCCCAGUAAAAGAGUUUGAGCAGGAACAGAGUUGUGUAUAUGUAGCAGGGGGGUCCGGCUGCAUCUGGGGGGUGACUGCUGAUUUUCAGCACGUUUAUUUUAUUUUUUUCUAUUUUAUUUUCUCCUUAUUUUCCCUACUUCGAGCAAUCCAUUGCACGCGCGCGCGCGCCGUUAUAUUUGGACGUACAGAUUUUGGUAUAGACCAUGAACAAACUCUAUGUGGGGAAUCUGAGCCCUUCGGUGACCGUGGAGGACCUGAAGCAGCUCUUCGGCGAGAGCAAGCUCCCCGUGACCGACCAGGUCCUGCUCAAAUCCGGCUAUGCCUUCGUGGACUUCCCCGACCAGAACUGGGCGAUUAAAGCCAUCGAGACUCUAUCCGGGAAAGUUGAAUUACAUGGGAAAGUGAUCGAGGUCGACUACUCUGUUCCUAAAAAACUAAGGAGUCGGAAGAUUCAGAUCCGGAACAUUCCUCCUCAUCUCCAGUGGGAGGUUUUGGACGGCCUAUUGGCACAGUAUGGUACUGUAGAAAAUGUGGAACAAGUUAACACUGAUACAGAAACAGCAGUGGUGAAUGUGACAUAUUCAACAAAAGAAGAGGCGAAAAUAGCUGUAGAGAAGUUAACAGGACAGACCUUUGAGGAUUACUCCUUUAAAGUGUCUUAUAUUUUGGAUAUGGAUGCUGCUCCGCCUCUGCCUGCGACCCGGAUUCGACGGGGUGGAAGGACAUCACGGGAACAGGACUCCCAGCCCGGGACCUCUGCAGGCUCCCUGGGGCCCCGACAGAAACAGCCAGACUUCCCCCUGCGCAUGCUGGUGCCCACGCAGUUUGUGGGAGCCAUCAUUGGCAAGGAGGGGCUCACAAUCAAAAACAUCACCAAACAGACACAGUCUAAGGUGGACAUCCAUCGUAAGGAGAACGCGGGAGCGGCAGAGAAGCCGAUCACCAUCCACUCCACUCCUGAAGGCUGCUCCGCCGCAUGCCGCAUGAUCAUGGACAUCAUGCAGAAAGAGGCUGAUGACACGAAGGUAACUGAGGAUAUUCCUCUGAAGAUCCUGGCCCACAACAGUCUGGUCGGAAGACUGAUCGGGAAGGAGGGCAGGAACCUGAAGAAGAUUGAAGAGGAGACAGAGACCAAGAUUACCAUCUCCUCUUUACAGGACUUAACUAUUUAUAACCCAGAGAGAACCAUUAUAGUGAAGGGGAGUAUCGAGGCCUGUUGUAGGGCUGAAGUGGAGAUCAUGAGAAAGCUGAGGGAAGCCUAUGAGAAUGACAUUGCUGCUAUUAACCAACAAACCAACCUUAUCCCUGGGUUAAGCCUGAGCGCACUGGGCAUCUUUUCAACCGGUUUGUCAGUAUUGCCACCAACUGUUGGGCCCAGAGGCGUCCCACCCGUACCCCCAACCGGCUACAACCCUUUUCUUGGUCACUCAUCACAGCUGGGUGGGCUGUACGGUGUCCCACCUGCUAGUGCCAUCUCUCACCAGCACACACAGGCUCCUGAACAGGAGGUGGUCUACCUCUUUAUUCCAACUCAGGCUGUCGGUGCUAUUAUUGGCAAGAAGGGCCAACAUAUUAAACAACUGGCACGAUUCGCAGGAGCUUCUAUUAAGAUCGCACCUGCAGAGAAUCCUGAUGUCACUCAGAGGAUGGUCAUCAUCACUGGCCCGCCAGAAGCUCAGUUUAAGGCCCAGGGCAGGAUAUUUGGGAAACUGAAAGAAGAGAAUUUCUUUUCUGCAAAAGAAGAAGUGAAGCUGGAGACACAUAUAAAAGUGCCCUCUUCAGCAGCCGGGAGGGUCAUCGGGAAAGGUGGCAAAACGGUUAACGAGCUGCAGAACCUGACCAGUGCAGAGGUCAUAGUGCCACGGGACCAAACCCCAGACGAGAACGACGAGGUCUUUGUCAAAAUUAGUGGGCAUUUUUUUGCCAGCCAGACUGCACAGAGGAAAAUCAGGGAGAUCAUCCAGCAGGUGAAACAACAGGAGCAGAAGCACCAGCAAGGCGCCCCCGUGACACAACGUUCCAAGUGACCAUCAGGGCAGCCCCAGUGGGCACCUGCCAAUGAAUGUAGCCCUCCCAACUGGAAUCAGACCAGACCAGACCGGACGAAGGGGACCGGCCGGGCAGACCAGCAGCCGUGGGAUCAAAACCAAAGAACUUCUUUCUGGGGGAGAUGAAGGAGCCACAGGCAGAAAGGCUCUGAGUGCACUGCCAGCUUGGGGAGGGAGGGGGGGAGGAAGUGCAAGACAAGUGUUCCUUUUAUCGUUCAAACACACCCUGAGCUUGAGAAGAAUAGGUAUGGGGCGUCUGUUAUCAGGACGGGAAGCAUCACGGUCACCCCACGUAACAAUUUCUUUAUAAACUUCUUCAUUUAGGCUUAAUCUAGGGUUAACACAGAUAAGAAACUCCAUUAACACGUGUACACUGAUGCAUUUUGACUGAGUUGUGUUGCUGUUUUCUCGGGUAGGCAAAGUGUGGGUGUGCACUAGCAGUUGGCGACCUAUUAUUAUUAUUAUUAUUAUUAUUUUGUUAUUUUUUGAUGCUCAGAUUGCGAUUUCAAUGAUUCUCAGCCGUAUUCUCACCAGUACACUAGAACAAAUAUACAGUUAUAUCUAAAGCAGAAGCACGAUUCUUCUUGUUUUGCACAAGCAAUCGGGCGUGUAGUGCACAUAUGCGGUCGCGUACGCAUAUAACAUUGUUUUUCAGAUUUCUUAAUGAUGGGACGAGAAAGUUGGGAAAUGCAGAUGACAAAAUGUUUGUUCAUUAUCUUAGCCUGUUUGCAUUUCGGGAAACAUCAUCCAGCUCAACGGAUCCUUGUUACUUAGCCUGUGCGUGCCAACGGAUGCCGUUAAAACAUUUCUUUCUGUGCAUAUCUUUCAUUUUUUAGCUUUUAUCAUUUGUAGUUUGUUCUUAUUUCUGUCCAGCUCUUAUAUUUUUACGCCAGUGUUUUUGCGGCCUCUGCAUUUAGUCAUUUCAUCGCCACCGCAUUCUUGUGGCGGCAGUUAUUACGAGACGGAGUAGGUAUGUGGUAGGUGUGGCUUAGGAGUCAACACCCCUUGUUUGCUUUUUGGGGGUAUGAAAAGAAUAUAAAGCAAGCACUAGCGUCUGAAAGACAGCGCACCUUUACUGGCUCGGGCAGAACGAAAUCGAAAGUGCACCAAGAACUCUGCCUUAAUCUAUGCUUGAAAGGAAACGAAAAGAAGGGCGACUCGAAAUCUGAUUGGAGGGUCAGGUUGAUGUGGGACGGGGAGGCACCUUAUGACCUGUGGUACACACACGACCGCGUUUGGCUUUAAAUCUCUUUGUCAGGGAGCUUUCUAAACGGCAUGACAGCUGUGAAUGUACAAUAAGCAGCCUUUUAGAAAGAGCACCACCCUGUCAUGUUCAGUAAGCUGGUUGGUCGGCGAGAUUGUUAUUGUUUUGGGGGGUUUUUUUUACCAAUACUCGGGCUGUUUUGGGAAACUGAUUGACUGUUUCAAUAGGACGUGCAGGCAUGGAUAUCCCUUUGUGCUUUAUUUUUAUUUUUUUUUCUUCUUUUUGACCAUGGAAGCUCGUGGCCUUAAACGUCACCGGUCAAUGUCAUCACAGACAGCUCCCUCGCCCAAUGAGAGCUAAGCCUCAUCUUCCAGACGCAAGGUUUAUGCCAAUACGCACAGCUUCCAUUUGUGCGUAUGCGUGUGUGUAUAUAGAUAUAUAUAUAAAGAGAGAGAAAUAUUUAUGAAUCUAUUUUUUGUUUCCUAUUUUGUGAUGAGAGCUAUUAGUAAGAAACAAACAGAAAAAAAAACAAGUUUUUUUUUUUUUGGUGGAACACUGCCAUGUUAUUCUGAAGGGAAGUGUAUAUUUUCUUGGAAGUAGACUAUGAAUAUUGGUAGUAUACUAACAGUAAGAACAGUAAUGAAUCACCGCAACACUUUGAUCAGAAUGUGAUCGGUGCGCAUGUCAGUAUUGUGAUCUACCUCAGGCGUCAGGGUACCUCAGUCCAAUCUUUUAAGUUCCCUUUCUUUUUUUUUCUCCCCACAUUUUGUAUGCCUUGUAAACUGAAAGUUUUGAACAUUUUCUUUUAAUAAUAAUAAUAAUAAUGAAAAAGAUCUAGUCUGAAGUCUUCAGGUCCAUCUGACAAAGAAGAAUCUUAGGAUCUUAAAGCUUUCAAAACUGUAUGCGAAUUUACUUCAUUCUUUUACCGAUCACAACCUCGUGAUUUAUUAAAGAGUGUGUAACUGAGGGGUACUUACCUGAAACCCCGAAAGGGGUUCUGAAUGUGGGUACUGUGUACUGAUGUCUAGAUCAGUGACAAAUGACUAUGAAUAUCAAGAAGAAUGGCUUAAUUCGAAGCAUUAUCCAGGAGCAACUGCGCUGUCUUAAGCGUAAGCCAGCUUUCGCUUUACAUUUUAUAAAAAUGCGUCCAAAUUCAGGAAUUACAGUCAGACCAAAUUUUUUAAUUACGUUUUUUUUAAUCAAGGCCUUUCACAAAACAAAACCAGGUUGAUAUAAAAUAUAAAAAAUUGAAAAAAAUAAAAAUAAAUAUUUUUUUCUUGAGUAACUGUUUGGUAAAAGUGUUUAUCGUAAUUACACAAAAAUCACAAAUGCAAGUAUUUUGUUGCCGGUUGCAGUCCUUUUGCGUGUUACCGCUAAAACAACAAGGCCUAUGUCAAAUCAAGACGAAAGGCAGUAGAAGGUCACUUUGUUAGGUCUAGGUGUGUGUACUUGCGAUGGCUGGUUUGCUUUCAUACAGUAAUUCACACGAUUUGUCUGUGGACUGAACUGCAAGCUGUCCCACUCCAUAGUUUUAGUUCUACCGUUUGACCGUUUUCGUUAGGGGCGUGUUACUGUAGACCCGUGUAAAUCGUUUUUUUUACCUACUGAAGCAACUCGUCCACACUUAUCCGCAAAGAGUAGCAAAGAAAUCAGGUGCUGAAGGUGUUUCUGUUAGUAAAGGUUAGAGGCUUCUGCUAGAUUAGGUCAGUUUGUGGAUUUCUAGCGAUUUUUCACUCAAGAAACUGAAUACGAAAGGCUUGUAGCUAGACGAGGCCGUUAUUUCCCCUGAAUGAUAGACUUUCUGCUUAAUCUCAGGUGUUUGCUCAUUGAUGGAGUUCAGGUUGUGUAGCAGUAUGAUAACUCAGAUCACUUUUAACUGUUAUUGUAACUGUAACACGCGCCACGCUGUCGAUAGACACCUAUCUAAUGUUCUACAGUGGUUCUUAACUUUUCUUAAGAGUUUGUAUUUCGAGGCUUCGUCAGGUGUGCAUCAGUAUUUAACUUUACGGAAGCAUUAGUCGAUACGUGCAUUAACUAACACCACACUGUUAUAUUGUCUCUGUAGUCUGGUAAUUAAGCUGUCUCGCUAUCCAUUAUGAUAUCCUGUAACAUAACGCUAGGAAGAAUCGAGGUCUUUGCAUUAACUUUAGGCCAAAAGUCAUAGCUAGUAUAAGUCGAACAGGUCAGGUCAGUUUAGGAUAGCUGUUGUUUGUAGUGUUGGCAUGAAAUCUCAUCGUGGUCUUCUUUGGGCCUGAAAGCUUUUAGGGUGAAUGGAGACUUAAGGUAGGUGCUGUUCUAUGUUUAUUUUUUGAUAUUAGAAUAGACCACAGGCACAGCUAUAGUUGCUCACACUAUGACGGCACCGUUCUAGUCAUGUUUAACUCGGGAUGAGAACAGGAAAUCAGAGCGAUGCAUGAGAAUUCAAUGCAAAUCAUAGGCUGUGAAAACUUCUUUGCGUCUUUACCACGGCAGAUCCAUUCCUACGCAGCUCUCUAGCUUCUCACAUUAGUUCAUUUCGAGCGAUGUGAAACGGAGACUGGGCUCGCUGCACUGCCUGCCGUGUCCCCUCCGCUGGAUUGUGGGUAGUGGGGGGGGGUUAGGGGACUGAGAGCUGAACUUUUUUUUUUUUUUUUUUGCUAACAACCAUGUUGUUUUGAAAUGUAGGUGAACUGUACUGCUGAUCAACAUGGAUU